AUGCUCUCAUGUGGUAACAUUGUUGACUUCGCACCUGGAAGAAUUGUUUCAUCUGUCGACAAGGGUUUUGCUCUUGAAUUAAGUUGCCCGUGGAUGCGUAAUAUCUCAUUUAUUGAUCGCGUCGAGGUUCCCGGCGUGACAACCACAACAUCUACAAAUUUGUACUUGUAUGAUGUCGAUGAUGAUGGGGAUAUUGAAUUGAUAAUUGGUCAUUGGGAUCUAGGUGAUCUUGAUCCCAGUGUGGAUUCUAUCUGCCCGAACGGCUCACUUCUUAUACUAAAAUAUGGUAGAAUCUGGAAAAGCUGCCGCGACUUAAAUAUGGUUACUUGUGUUACGGCAGGGAGACUUUGCUCUAAAGAGAAGCCUUCGGUCGUUGCACUUUGUGCUGAUUCACAAUGUUACAUUUUUGAUGCUACAUCAAAGGCCAGAAAUACUGCCUCAAGUCUCUCGCUUGUAUGCAACCAACAGAUAGCAUGUAAUGCAAAGGAUGCUUGCGUCUUAGAAGGGGAUGGUCCCUGCGACAUGGCAGUGGCGUAUUCAGAUCGAAUUGUGCGACUCUUUCAUUGGGUUCCUGGGAAACCUUCCGAGGGAAGAACCGGGAAACUCGUUUUACUGAUAAAAUGGGAGUUAGCUGGUCAAAUCAGCCGAAUAAGUUUGCAUUCGACUCCAUCGAUGUCUAAUCUAAUACUCGCUUCACAACCUGGUGGUGGAUUCGCUUUUCUUCAGAAAAAAUUUGAAAGCUAUGAAGACCGAAUGUGCCCCACCCUUGUCUAUCAUCCACCAAAGCAUACUUCUGAUCAGAAUAUUGAGACACGUACGUGGAUUGUCGGUGGUCUGAAAUGCAAUUUAUCAGUGGCAGCUGAUUACUUAAUUGGUCUCUGUCUCGCUGAUGGGACUGUUCAUUUGCUUUCCGCCGACUUACAAAAAAGUAAAACUAUCUGGUCGGUUUCCCUACCAGUAAAUGGUGAAUUGUUCGGCCUAUCUAAAUUUGACCUAACGAGUGACGGGUCCGAUGAACUUGCAGUCUGUUGUUGGGAUGGUUCUACGUUUAUAUUUAAUCACGAGAAGGAUAUCCUUCAUUUCCCCGUGGGACAGGCUUGUCAAGCUUUCACGGCUGGUCGGUUGGCAAUAUCGCCGGGUAGAAAUGAGCCUGUUUUGAUUUAUGCUACCUGCGAGCAAUCUGUUCUCAUUUACUAUAAUCUCGAUGUGCAGUCUAUACCAUCUUGCUCUUUACUUCACGCGCUCGCUACACAACCAGAUGUGUUAGAACGGCUACAGCGAUUCAGCAAUGCUUCUUCGGAUCCAGGAAUGCUGCGCAAAUCAAUCCAUUACCUUCUUUACGAAUUGCCUUGUCAUCCGAACGGUCUUAAUCUUCCCUAA